AUUCAAAAAACAGGGUCUUAUGUUUUGGUCUAUCUGCUACUCCAUCCCUAAUCACACAGAUCACAGAUCAUUCAGGUCUUACUCUUACCCUUCAGUUCUCAGUUCUCACAAAGAUUAGCGUUCAUUCAAUUCUCACUAAUUAAGAAAUGGCGGACGGAGUUCUGUAUGACGUUGCUGCUGGAAUUAUCGGGAAAGCAGGCAACCUAGCACUCAAAGAGAUCGUGCUCAUCUGGAGUGUCAACGACGAGAUUACCAAACUUGGGGAGACAGUUUCUAUCAUCAAAGCUGUGCUUCUGGAUGCAGAGGCGAAGCAAGACAACAGUGAAGCGAUCAAACUGUGGCUGAAAAGCCUUAAGGAUGCCAUGUGUGAUGCGGAUGACUUGCUGGAUGAAAUCUCCACUGAGACCUUGCGACAGGAAGUGAAGACCCGGGACAAGAAGGCCAAAGAGGUACGCAUCUUCUUUUCCAAAUCUAAUCAGCUUGCAUAUGGUCUUAGAAUGGGUCAUAAGGUUAAGACCAUGAAGGAGAGGUUUGAUGAGAUCGCAGCUGCUAGGAAUAAGUUUGGCUUAGAAGAACGUUCUGAGGAGAGUCGAGUUCGGUAUAAGGCAAGAGAGCAGACUCAUUCUCUUUUACCUGCAGAAGUUGUUAUCGGGAGGGAGGAUGAUAAGAAGGCAAUCAUUGGAUCUCUGUUGGAUCCCAAUGUCAAGGAGAAUGUUUCUGUCCUUCCGAUAGUUGGUAUCGGAGGACUAGGAAAGACCACAGUUGCUCAACUUGUCUUCAAUGAUAAAGAAAUCAAAGACCAUUUUGAGCCAAAAGUGUGGGUGUGUGUCUCUGAGAAUUUUGAUGUGAAAAUAAUUGUUAAGAAAAUCUUAGAGUGUGUAAAACAUGAGAAACCCGAAGACCUUGAAAUGAACACGUUAGUCAAUGAUGUUCAUAAAGAAAUUAAUGGAAAAAGAUACUUGAUUGUGUUGGAUGACGUGUGGAAUGAGGAGCGUGAAAAAUGGUUUAGCUUGAAAAAAAUUUUGAUGGGUGGCGCAAGAGGCAGUAGAAUAGUAGUGACUACACGUAGUCAAAUAGUGGCAAAGAUUUCACAACCUAUUCAACUACAUGUGUUACAGGGUUUAGAUAAACACAAUGCUUGGUCUUUAUUUAUGGAGAUAGCGUUCAAUGGGGGGCAAGAACCGAAGAAUGCAAGUUUUGUAAAUAUUGUGGAGGAGAUUUUGAAGAAAUGUGCGGGGAUUCCGCUUGCUAUAAGAACAAUAGGAGGUCUGGUAAAUUCUAAAGAAUUCACAAUAGAGUGGUUAUCAUUCAUAAACAAAGAACUUUCAAAAAUACCUCAGAAUGAAGAUGACAUUUUACCAACACUAAAGUUGAGUUACAAUCAUCUCCCAUCACACUUGAAGCAAUGCUUUGCUUAUUGUAGUCUAUUUCCAAAGGAUUACAAGAUUGAUAAAUCAAGUUUGAUUAAUAUGUGGAUGGCGCAUGGGUUCCUCACGUUGUAUGAUGAAAAGCAAUGUCUAGUAGAUGUUGGUCAUGAGUAUUUUAUGAAUUUGCUUUGGAGAUCAUUCUUUCAAGAAGUCGAAGAAGAUGAACUUGGCAAUAUUUCAAAAUUCAAAAUGCACGAUCUCAUGCAUGAUAUAGCAAUGCAAGUAACGGGAGCAGAGAGCACCAUCAUUUAUUCAAAAGAUAAAGACAUUGACGAGAAAACUCGUCAUGUGUCAUUUGGGCAUACGUUGUACUCAUCAUCGGAAAUUCCGAUCUUAUUAUAUAGAGCAAGAAGGAUAAAGACAUUUCUUUUGCCAUGUCAACCAGAGUAUGUUACUUCAAAUUUGGAUAGUUCAACUUGUAGUGCAAUUGUGGCUAGUUUUAAGUUCAUACGCUUGUUGGAUUUGCAUAACAUGGGGAUUAAAACAAUUCCAAGUUCUAUAAAUAAUUUGAAACAUCUAAGGUAUCUUGACCUUUCUGAAAAUAAAGACAUUGAGAUGCUUCCUAAUUCUAUUGUCAAGUUAUACAAUUUGCAAACACUUAAACUCUCCGAGUGUAAAAACCUUAAAGAAUUGCCAAGAGAUAUUAAAAAAUUAGUCAACCUCAAGUUUCUUGAAAUUAAACAGUGUUCAAGUUUGACUCAUAUGCCAAAUGGACUGGGCCAAUUGACUAAUCUACAGAUAUUGUCAAAAUUUGUGGUGAGUAAGGGUUGGAUCGAUUCAGUACCUAGGAGUUACGGUGGAUUGAAGGAACUUGAUAAGCUAAAUGAGCUAAGAGGAAAUCUCUCAAUUGAAAAUCUCAAACAAGUAAAAGAUGUUGCAUUAGAGUAUAAGGAUGCAAAUUUAAAAGAGAAACAUCGUCUUGAUAGGUUGGACUUAAACUGGGUGGAGGUAGACAUUGAUGAGACGGGUGUUGGUUGUGACAUGUCAAUGGAAGCCUUGCAACCACAUAUAAAUCUCAAAGCAUUGAGUUUAAAUUGGUACAGGGGAGUGACAUUUCCACUUUGGCUUGAGACGCUCACAAAUCUUGUCCGGUUUGAAUUAAAUUCAUGUAAAAAAUGCCAAUCUCUUCCACCGUUGGACCAAUUUCCUUGUCUCAAAAUUAUCCAUUUGUACAGAUUGGACUCUUUAAAGCAUAUAUCAGAUUCACAGAAAGAAAAUAGUGAUUCUUUAUUCUACCCAUCUUUGGAAAAACUCGAUAUUUGGGAUUGCCCUAAUUUAAUGGGAUGGUGGCGGGGAAGGAGGGAUUCUCUUCCUUCAUUUCCUCGUCUUUCUCAUUUACAAAUCUAUGAUUGCCCACGGCUGACUUCCUUUCCUUUGUUUCCAUAUCUCGAAAGUUUGAACCUAAUUGAUUGUAGCUUGAAGCAGUCAUUGGAGAGGAUGAUGAUAAACAACAAGACUUCUUCAGGGAAUCUACCAUCAAUCACUUCUUCUUCUACAAUUGUUGCCCCUCUCUCCAAAUUAAGUUUCAUGAGAAUAGAGGAAAUGGAAGAAGCUUUGCCAGAGGAGUGCCUGCCAAAUCUCAUUUCUCUCCGUACUCUAUCUCUAGAAAAAUGUCCUCUUCCUCAAGGCAUGCGAUAUCUUACGGCACUUCAAGAGCUGAAUGUUGAGGACUCUGGGGUGGUUGAUAUAUCCAAUGAUUGGGAUGAGAUGGAAUGGCAAGGACUUAGGACCCUUCUCUCUUUGAAAUUCUAUAAACUUCCGAAGUUGGUCUCUUUCCCAAUGGGACUUCAGUAUCUCAGCUAUCUACAAAAUCUCAGAAUUUGGUAUUGUCGUAAUUUGAUAGCCAUACCGGAGUGGAUCUGCAAACUUAUAUCUCUUCAAUAUCUUUCAAUUUGGGAUUGCCCUAAAUUGGAAUCAUUGCCAGAAGGAAUUGGUGCCCUUACCUCUUUGCAAACACUAAAAAUUGAAGGUUGUCCCAUCUUACUGAAAAGAUGCAAGAAGAAAAUCGGGGAAGAUUGGCAUAAAAUUUCUCACAUUCCCAAUUUGGAAGUCAGAUGAAGAAGAACCACAAAAACCUGAUCGUAAGAAUUGGGACUUAAUUAAAGCUUUUGGGUGCUGCAAUUGUUCAACAACUCAACAACUCACUCACUGAGUCAAAAUUAGCACAAGGUAAUAUUACUAGGAGAAUUGAACCGGAUAAGCAUGCCAUAGGAAUCAGCUCAUUCUACAGAAACUUUCCAGUCAAGAUGAUUCCUUUUUUUUGAAGCUAUUUUUUCUCCGGAUAGUAGAAGUGGAAGGGAAGGAACUCAAAGUCGUCGGUGCUGAACCCUUGUCUGAUGGCCGCUGCGGUCUCCGCAUCCAUGGCUGGGAGAUCGAAACUCACAGGCUCUCCAUUCUCAACUACUCCAACCUCCAGCUGUAGGAAGAAAAGCUUCAGACUUCUCAAUUGCCAGAGAUGGUUUUCGGGGAGAGUUGUUUAAUUCUUAAACAUGUGGAUAGUGGCACCAAAAUUCAUUUUAAUGCAUUCAAUUCUCUAACUGGCUGGAAGCAGGAGGCGUUAUGUCCAGUUAAGGUCCCUGCAGCUGCAAAGUGGAAAUUCAGAAGCCAGCUUUCUACAACAAUAUGUGGCUUUCUCAAGUGAUUCAUCAAUGGAGGACCUCAGUUGCUCAUAUGGAUUCUCCAAAUAUUGUGGACAUGGGACUCUCCCAGAUGUCAUCUUGUGUUAUUGGUCACAAUUUGGAUGCUGAGUUGGAUGUGCAUCUUGUUGGUGGUUUUGAAGAUGUUUCACCAAAUGUCUGGCUCAGGAUCCUCUAUAUUAUUGUUGAUUUUCCAAAGAUGUAGUUAUCCGAGGGUUAGAAUAAUUGAAGUUGAGUGUGUUGAACUUUUUGUGCAAUAUGCUUACUCUAGAACUAGAUCAUAAAGCCAGGCACGGUUGGUUGGUGAUUCCUUUCCAUUGUGUGCUAAAAUUGUUGAAAAUUUGUGCACAUGACCAAAGAAGUUUCAUGUUCAGAAUCUCUCCGUUCUUGGGCAUAACACUAGAAGGGAUUCCAAAGGGAAUGCAUACCCCAUUUUCAAUGGUUUAGCGGUAUAAGCUUCCACUAGAUUAGUUACCCCUGCCUGUUUUGGUAGAACUUCAAGAUGUCCAGAUGAGAUUGUUAGGAGAAUUUGAGUCACUGCAUCCUAUGAGGACCCCAGUUGGAGUGGCAAGUUGCUUGAGACAUAUGAUACUCAAACUGAUCAAUUCAGAAUUGCUUCAUGCUGCUGGAGCUUUUGCCAGAAAUAUAUUUCUUAGAAACUUCAAAGCCUUUCUAAGUUUGGAAUUCUCCUUAGAUGUUCUACUUCUUCUGCUGAGGCUCCAGAUUUUGUGUAUAAUUUAAGUAGGCAAUGGGAAUAUCUGAUUGAACACCCAGAUUGGAGAGAAACCUUUCCUAGAAAGCAACCACGAGUCUUCAAGAGGGCUGGGAUGGAAGAUGGAAAAGGUGCUGAUUGCGGUUAUGAAUUUCUUGGCACAACUUUAUGUAAAACUUCAUAUGAAUAUUUCCAGCUUGGGUCAAAAUCAUUGUUAUUCUUCCAGGCACCUAAGAAACUUGCAUGUCUUUAGUUUGAAGAUGACAAAAUACAGUGACAAUUCUAUUUGUUGCACAAAAUAUAAUCUGAACUCUCAUCUUGUACUAGAUUAAAUAAAUUGGUGUGCUAUUUUUAUGAGGUUGCCAAACUGGAUAUGGAAAUCAUUCAGUACAUUGAUCUAA